UGAUGGAUCAGUCAUUAGCGCCUCCUUCUUCUAAUUCCAUCAUCCGGGUCAACUCCUAUUCCUACUUGUAAGCCCAACACCAAUGCCUCCUCCUCCAGGAAGCCCUACUUCCUCCUUACCUUGUUUCUACUUCCCCUCUGCACCCUGGCCUUGUCCAGGGAGGGAGACAGGUGCCUAUUUCUGGUUCUGUGUGCUCCAGGGUCAGACUCUGGCCUGAGGCUCUGGGGACCCAGCGUCCUUCCUUAUGGAGCUCUUCUAUCGCUACCAGGACCUGGCCCCCCAGUUGGUGCCCCUUGACUAUACCACCUGUCCUGAGGUGAAGGUGCCCUACGAGCUGAUUGGCAGCAUGCCAGAGCUGAAGGAUAACCCUUUCCGACAGAGGAUUGCACAGGUCUUCUCUCAAGAUGGAGAUGGUCACAUGACCUUAGAGAACUUCUUGGAUAUGUUCUCAGUGAUGAGUGAGAUGGCUCCACGGGACCUGAAGGCCUACUACGCCUUUAAGAUUUAUGACUUCAACAAUGACAACUACAUCUGCGCGUGGGACCUGGAGCAGACGGUGACCAGGCUGACCCGUGGGGAACUGAGUGCUGAGGAGGUGACCCUGGUCUGUGAGAAGGUACUGGAUGAAGCAGACAGUGACCAUGAUGGGCGGCUUUCCCUGGAGGACUUCCAAAACAUGAUCCUGCGGGCGCCAGACUUCCUCAGCACCUUCCACAUCCGCAUCUGA